AUGAUGCAGCACAUCCUCUCCCAGCUCCCGUCCGAGGAGGCCGUGUGCACCAGCGCGCUCUCCCGCCGGUGGCGCGACGUCCCCGCCCGCGUCACCACCGUCGACCUCGCCGACCCCGCCAAAGGCGAUUAUGGGCGUCACAAUAUGAGCGAGGACCUCGACCUCCCGGUCUGCUUCGCCCACAAGGUGACGGGGGCGAUCCUCGGCAAGGCCCCCUCGGCGCCCAUCCGCACCCUCCGCCUCGACAUCCUCAACCCGUCCGGCGAUCUGCUCGACCAGUGGAUCGGCUCCGCCGUGUCCACCGGCGCUGAGGACAUCGACGUCAAGCUCAGGUACAGUCACCUCUCCCGGCGCAGGCUCUGCCCCUACGGCUCAUCGGAGAGGGCCUCUGCGGACUUCGAAAUCUACGAACGGAACGGCUAUACCAAGACGCAGAACCAUCUAUUCCGGUGCCGCACGCUUCGCCGCCUACGCCUCGUCAACUGGAGGCUCGAUGUGCACGGAACCGUCUCCAUGGCGUCCCUGGAGACGCUCUGCCUCGCCAGGAUCAUGGACCCCAAAGGGAUGCUGCAGCACCUGCUCUCCAACUGCCCACGCCUCGCUGACCUGACGCUGCAGGAGUGCCCGAGCCUCACGAAAAUCACGGUGGCCAGCGCCCACCUGCGGAGUUUCGCCAUGAUCUGCUGCCACAAUGCCACGCGCAUCAAGCUGAGCAGCUCCUGCCUCCGGUCGCUGCACUACAAAGGCGGCCUUCCUCGCAAAUCGCUCUUCAAGCUUGCAAACCAUGCCGGAGUCACGGCGCUGACAGUUGAAAUCUGUGAAGACCUCUCCGGAAAAGAACCAGCAGAAUUUGCUCCUGCCACUAAGCUCAUCAAACGGUGCACCAAACUGGCGUACCUUCACCUUUCCUUCCGCCCAUCAAUGGCUUACUAUAGCAGCUUGAUCAAAGUCAAACAUGUGGCGCCCUGCAUAGAGCAUCUUAGGCAGUUGGGCCUCCGGUGCUGCCUGCGCGACCAUCACGACAUCCGGUCAGUUGCUGUCUUGCUUUGUCACACCCAGAACUUGGAAGUGCUGUCGAUGUUUCCUAUGGCUCCUGAGACUCCAAAGGAGUACUCGUCUGAUAGCGAAUCAGAUAUCGAGCUUGAGAACAACGUCGUUGAGGAUGGGGUCGACUAUAGUAGCCAGGUGACCCAUAGUGGUUUCUGGCCAAUGCAGAUCAGCUGCUUGGAUGAUAAACUGAGAAGAAUUAACAUUGGGAUGUACAGAGGGCUGCAACUCGAAAAGAUGCUUGCAAAGUUUCUACUUUCAAAGGCUGCGGCUUUGGAGGAAUUCUCUGUUACCUUAACGGCUGGAUGUUCCCAAAGUAAGCGUAAGGUUGCAAAGGAGCUUCGAUCCUGGCGGUGGAAUCACCAUACCAGAGUAACUGUAAAUAGAUGA